CUCGAUCCUUCCAAGCAUGGCUUCCGGAGAACAUAAUAAGGUCACCAUUCAACAAGUAAGAGGAGAACAAAGGUAGGAACACAGCUAUAGAGGAUUUCUAGGGGCAUAUGUCGGGAGGGUUAAGGAGCAAUUCUGAAAGGAUUAGGGUUGGGGCCUGCGGGGACCCUUGAAAAUUAGGUGGCACUAAGGUGGGCUUCUAGGUCCGGCGCCUAGAACUAUAGGUUUUCAUGCCUCUAACGUCAUGAAAAUUAUCCCCAAAUUCCCAAAUCACCAAUGGUGGGCGCCUGAGGGUAUGUUCUAGGGUACACCUUCGAGCCUUGCAUUGACAAUUUUGAUCCCAGAGCUACGUGGAGAUAAUAACGACUGCGAGCAUCAGCACUCUGUCUCCCGAUUUACCCAUGGUAGUCACUGUGGGAUGUGACGACAGCCGACACCCUGCGAGACCCGACAACAUACGAUACCCGAGUCAAUCACGAAGCUGCUUUCACCUCGCCAUUCAUUUGUGGAAAGUACUCAUUGCCCUUACCCGGCGAGAUCACAAAUGUGGUAUUGGUACUGGUCUGUUGUGAGUGGCCACUAAAAUCUUUCAGUUCAAUGACAUGUCGGGGUGUAGAGGAAAUAUGUCCCUCUGGCGUGAAUGUGAACAUCAUCUUACCCACCUACUCAAGUUGGUUGAUAUCACCAACGUCAAUCUUGGUGCAAACUGAUCACAACGGGUACUUCAGCUCAAUCUCUAGCACCAGAUACGGGCACUGGAUAGGUAGGUCAAAUCGUUGCACACUCAGGGUUGUGGUCGACGCUUUCGAGAGCGUUAUAACCAAUCGGAGGUGAUGUUCGGAAGGCUCUUGGGUUCGGGUGAGUGGGCUCCGAUUGGGUUUGUUGUCUCGCGACUGUACUUUUGCCGAGUCCCCACAGCCUUUGACUCUUCCGGGGAAACAUGAUCUGCUAGUGAAGAAAUACAUUGACGGUUGGCAGAGUGAUCCUUCGGCCUAUACCUAGACGUUCUCCCGUCAGCCACCCGACAAGCGAUGUAUCAAGACCCGAGGAGUCCAAUGGACGCCCCGCAAAUCUCAGCAUUGCUUGUAGGCCCUUUGAGCGUUAAAGAAAGGCUGUAGUGAAGCGGGAUCUGGUGUUUCUAAGCCUUACUCAUAGAUCCAGGCACGAAGAUGGAACGUCUCGUGAAGAGUGCUCUCGAGGAGAGUUCUCUUCUCCUAAAAGUUGCUGUGGUAGUCAUUGCUGCAGGUUUACUGUUUGCUGCGGUUCGCCAAAGGCUGUACCCGCAGCCUCUACCAUGGCUUCCUUACAAUCAAGAAGCCAAGGGGAGAUUGUUCGGGGACCUACCGUCGCUGAUGAGCUGGCAUAAGAAAUAUGGAGAGCAACGCAAAUGGUACCAGGCACAGUGUCUGAAGUUGAAUUCUCCUAUGGUUCAGGUCUUUCUCCAUCCGUUCGACGGGAAGCCUUCAAUCCUAUUGUGUGAUCACCGCGAGAUACGCGACAUCCUAAUGAAACGAUACAAGGAGUUUGAUCGUGGUAAUCGUGAGCAGAACGCUUUUGGCGCUCUGCUUCCACAGCAAUUCCUGUCUAUCCAGACACCUACUCCGAAAUUCAAAUUCCACAAAGAAUUAAUGAAGGAUCUCAUGCUUCCUGGAUUUCUCAAUGAUGUUAAUGCUCCUGAGAUCUACCGGAAGUCAAUUGCAUUACUGGACUUGUGGAAAGCAAAGACAAUCAUUGCCAAUGGUCGACCGUUCGAUGUGAAGUGGGAUAUACACAAAGCCGCCUUUGAUAUCAUAAUGGCCGUCUCCUUUGGCCUCAAAGACGAGGAUAGCUGCACCAUCAAACAGCUUAGGGCUACUUUGGCAGAAGAUAAUCCUAGGGCUUCACGUCAAGUUGACCUCAACGAACCCUACAAAUUUUCGAGCCUGGCUAUGGACCCCGAAGGUCAGGCUGUGUUGGAUCUUACCGAAAGUAUAAGUGUCGGAUUUUCUUCACCUAUUCCCUACAUUCACAGCUGGAUAUUGCUGCACAUGCCACCGCUUCGGAAUGCUGUACAGGUAAAAGAACAAAUGACCCGCCGUCAGAUUGACGGUGCCGUUGCAAAACUACCUCCGACUGAUGAGGAAGCGCAACGUAAUGCUAAAACCGGGUUGGAAUACCUGAUUUUCCGUGAGAGAGCAUCUGCGAGGAAGUCAGGUCGAGAACCCAACUAUCACAGUCGCUAUAUAUAUGAUGAGCUUUUUGGUUAUCUCAUUGGAGGCCAUGACACCACCUCGAACUCGCUCGCAUGGGGGUUGAUGUACCUUGCGGACAUCGAGGGCCCUCAAAAGAAACUUCGUUCCAAGUUGAAGGAAGCAUUCCCCGAAGCCGCUCGGGAGAAACGUCAAUUGACGCUGGACGAAAUUACAAAGGCCAACGUUCCAUACUUGGAAGCCGUGAACGAGGAGAUCCUCAGGUUUAGCGUUGUCAUACCCGUUGUUUCCAGGAAAGCCGUUUGCGACACUACAAUCCUGGGCCAUGCUAUCCCAAAAGGGACCGAAGUCGAAUUCGUUUUCAACGGGCCGGGCUUCUUGAAGCCACAGCUCCCCGUCAAUAACGAAUUGAGAAGUGAGACCUCCAAGCUAUCCAAAAUUCGAGACUGGGCUAGAGACGACGUGGACCAGUUCCUCCCAGAAAGGUGGCUGGACACGGACCACAAUGGAAACGAGGUGUUUGAUGCUCUCAAAGGUCCGAUGAUGACUUUCGGAGGUGGACCCCGAGGAUGUUAUGGCAAAAGACUCGCUUAUAUGGAGAUGCGGAUUAUUCUUGCCCUGCUAGUUUGGAAUUUCGAGUUCUUACCCAUGAAGUCCCAGCGAAGACCUUUCGGCUUGCUUGAAAAUAUCACUGUGGAACCGUCGGAGUGUCUGAUAAAGAUCAAGACUUUGAUCCAAUGAAGAAACCCUUGAUAUGGACCUUGACUAGGCACUCUCAAUCGGACCUACAAAUUCCUUCAAACUUAAGAUACUUAUCUUUUCACGGGGGGUUUUCU